CCCAUGGCACAGUAAGGUCUAAGCCGUAACAGCUGUUACUUGCAGUCUUUAACGUAAUACAAUUUUCACUGUGAAUUAACUAAGAGAAAUCAUCAGCUCUAAUGACGCUUCGAGAAUCAGUACGAAAACUAUAGUGGGUCACAAUAUAAUCUCCGAGAGAUAUCGAUUUCGCACUUAGUGAUUCUGUUUAUUGUUUUACCCUGUUUUCGUAGGAUUUUUGGUUAGAUUCAGUGGCUUAAGUGAUAAAAAUCGAUAGCAGAUUGGCAGUUCCUUCAAGGACAUUAUUGUGACGUCAGAAGUCUACUUGUCUCCGGCUACCCAAGCGUAAAAGAUGGCUGGAGGAGGUGAUCCCAAAUGGCAGAAAGAUGCUGGAGAUCAAAAUUUCGACUACAUGUUCAAAUUGCUGAUUAUUGGGAACAGUUCUGUUGGGAAGACUAGUUUUCUAUUUCGCUACGCGGACGACUCGUUUACAUCAGCGUUUGUGUCUACUGUGGGCAUUGAUUUCAAGGUCAAAACGGUGUUCCGACACGACAAACGUGUUAAACUUCAAAUAUGGGACACAGCAGGUCAAGAGCGCUACCGUACAAUUACAACUGCAUACUACCGUGGAGCGAUGGGCUUUAUACUCAUGUAUGACAUCACUAACGAAGAAAGCUUCAACAGUGUACAGGACUGGGUGACGCAGAUAAAGACUUACUCGUGGGAUAAUGCUCAAGUCAUUCUGGUCGGCAACAAAUGUGAUAUGGAGGAAGAGCGCGUCAUCAGCCAAGAACGUGGCAAGCAGCUCGCUGACCAACUCGGCGUCGAGUUUUAUGAAACGAGCGCUAAGGAGAAUGUUAAUGUCAAGACCGUGUUCGAGCGACUAGUAGACAUUAUCUGUGACAAGAUGUCGGAGAGCUUGGAUUCGGAACCACAGAACAUGUUGGCUGGUGGAGCUCGAGGCCAGAAGCUUUCAGAGCAGCCCCAAGGAAACAACAAUCCUAAUUGUAACUGUUAAUACUACUAAACAAAACCUCUCAUUCCUGCCUUGAAAAUACUGGAAUUGAUAACAAAAUUAUUCACUUAAUCCUCCGCAAACUUUCGUCCAGUAUCUUCAAGGGUUAUUUUUAUAAAAAUUAUUUUUUAUAUUUCAUUAAACACCUUUACGUUAAUUUUAGGUUAGUUUAAAAUUGAGUAUUAGCUUAGAUCUUAAGUAGCUAUUAUUGAUUGGAGCUGGAGUAGGGAUCUGAUACUUGUGUAUUUAAUAUGUUUUAUUGUAAGAUGUUUGCAAUUUUCAAUAUAACCGUGCUUCGCGUUUUAUUUGCAUCGACAACGAGUAUGUAUAUGUUAAAUGCGCGAGUGACUUGGCCAUCGGACCAAAGUUCCAAAGAAAUCGGCGCAAAGUAUUUUUAGAAGUAAUUUAAAAGUUGAAGGCGUUUAAACAUAUUUUUGCGUAGAUCUUUGCGCGCUAUAGUAGAAAUUGCCACACAGCGACACUCGUAUAAAUAUCGCAGCCAACAUUAAUAUAUGCAGCAAGCUUAAUUAGCCGUUUAAUCAACAACUUAGACUCUUACAGCCCUGUUUAACAUCAGUUGAUCAAACUGCUAAGAAAUUGACAUGGAUCGAUUACGAUUUAUUACUUAAUUUCAAUUAAGUCUCUCUCAAACUUGAAUACGAAACUUUUCAAACUGUCAAUAUGACGUCAGCAAACCACAAGUUUGAUAGAGUUUUCCUUUAGUGAAAAUCAACAAGUACAAUGGAAAAGUACAGUGACAGUAAUAGCUGUGACUGACUCAAUUUAAUUUAUAAAGAAAUAUUUUUUAUUUCGGAUGUUUCAUCUUUUUUAUUUAUUUAUCGUAUGAAUGGUAUGCAUUAGCCAGUCAGUUUAUCAAACUGCUGAAUAUCUUUCAAGCCGCUAGUUAAACGGCGCUGUUUAGUUAAAACGCUAGGCAGUCAAUUGAACGGUUUUUAAGUUAGUUGGCUCCGACAUAAAUAUCACAUGGGUGAUUUGUAAAUAUGUUUCUUGGUGUAUAAAAAUUAAUGUAUAGCGUACGUAUAAAUCUGUUUGUAUUCUUGUUAUCUGCUAAGUAAUGUUAUUUAUAGGUUUUAUGUGGCAGUAAUCAUAUAUCUAUAUGAACUUUUAACUGCUUAAUUAAUGUGUAUGAAGCACAUUAGAAUUAUCUGUUCUAGAAGACAUAGACAAUACUAUUUAUAUCAAUUUCUGUUGAAAUCUGUGCACAUAACGUAAUCUAUUGCUAAGUAGGUUCAUUAGUUUUUAAAUUUCUGUAGUUCGUAAGACACUUUUUUUUUAAAUAUUGUUAGUAAAAUGUAAUCAAAGUUUAGAAUUUUAUUUAUAGGCGUUGAGUGUUUGUAUUCAAAUUGUUGUUCAUAAUAAAUGUUUAUUUGAAUUGGCUCUAAGAUAAUACAAGAACCAGACCAUUUUGUGUCAA